CGAGAGCAAGCAUGGGAACGUUGGACAUCUAAAAAAGAUAAUGGAAUCGCAGACAACCGUGAAUUUAUAUUGGCUUUGAUGAGACAAUUGGCACGGGCAAGAACUGAGGAUGCAUACGAAAAUGCCCUGCAAAAAGUUAAAGACACUAGCGAGUGGAAGACCAAUAACAGCUUUAAAAGGUGGCUGGAAAACACGUGGAUAAGACACAAAAAGAGAUGGGUAUGGGCAUUCAGAAAAGAGCGUCUGCUUGUUUAUGUUAGCACAAACAAUGGGUUGGAAAGACAAAAUGGGGCUUUCAAACACCAGUAUUUACUGACUUUACGAAAGUAUUCUCUCAGCGCAAUGUUAACAAUUCUUGUAAAUGAAUUUCUUCCUGACAAAUACGAAAGCUACAUCAACGAAAAUACAAAAUGCUCCACAGCAUAUAAGCGUUAUAACAAACAGAUUCCAGAAUUUCUGCAUAAUCGUCCUAACUACCUUAUCGACCAUUGCAUGAAACGUCUUGUUUAUGCUGAAGAUGUACGUUCAAUCGCUUUGGUGGAUGACUCUAUGGGUGCAUUUUUAGUAACCAGUGAAAUGGGAAAGCACAACUAUCAUGUAUAUUUUAGGGCACCUCAUGACACAGAAAUACCUUGCUGCGAGUGUCUUGACUGGCAACGAAACUAUUUACCAUGCAAGCACUUAUUAGCGAUUAUUCAAAAUAAAAAAUUUACAAGUUGGGGAUGGAAAAACCUACCAACAGCAUAUAAAGAUUCUCCAUUUCUGACCUUAGAUGUCGAUAUAUUGUUCAAACCAAUUGAUCAUAUUUUGAAAAGAGUUGACGAUGCUCAGCAAGUUUGUGGUGCAGAAAGUUUUCAUGACCAAGAAAAAGAAACAGAAGAAGCUGACAUAAAACAAACUAUGACAGCUGUUCUACCUAAACCAGUGUUCCCAAAACGGACAGCUAUUACUAGGUGUUGUGAUCUGUUAUCUAGAAUAAAGAGUUUGGUCCACGAGUGUACUAAUUCAACUUCACUAGCCAGCCUGGAAAAGAGUCUUCAGUCUGCACUUCAGGAAUUUGAGAAUAACAGCAAUACUGAUUCAGGACUAGCACUUACAGCUCCUGACGCCGGGAAAACGUCAAUGAAACGUAAAAAAAGAACAUCAAAUAUCAGCAAGUCAACAACCAGCAAUCCUAAAAAGAAAGCCAGAUUAUCUAAUCUACCAUCUGCAAAAUUAAAGAAGAUACACCCAUACAAUAGAAGAGUUGGCCAACAUGCUGCAAUGAUGAGAAAAUUCUAUAAUAAAGACUUAUCUCUAGAGAAAAUGGAAACGCAAUCAUCCAGCAAAGAUACACAAACAAUUCCUUUCAUGCCAACUCCUCACACAGGUUUCACACCUCUCAUUACAGAAUCUUCAUCAAUCACCGCAAAACUAUUAAGGAAUGGACCACAUUCUGUAUCUCUGCUAGAAAUUAAAUCAUUAGAGCCAUUUUUGCACAGAGAAACACAGAUUUUACUUAGUAGCAUGAGUGAAAAACCUUUCAUACCUGGCUGGUUGUAUGAUGAAGUAAUCAAUUCAUUUUUCUGGUGUCUACAGGAAGAUCAUGAACAUGUUCUUUAUGCAGCAUCCACAUCAAUGCUUUCCUUGCAAAAUGGUGGUCAGGGAGGAAGACUUUGGUCUGAAAAGAGCAAUGAAAAAAAUCUCAUUAUAGCACCUUGGAACCCAACUCACUGUCACUGGACAUUGAUUGCCAUAGAUCUGCAACAGAGAAAUAUUUUUUAUGUUGAUCCAUUGAAUGCAGCUGAUGAUAUUAAAACAAGGCACAGAUGCAGAUUAUAGCAAAAUUCAUCCCUU